AUGGCCGACGUCGAUUCUACAAAGCCCGUGCAGGACCCGGUGGCCCAGCCGGAGACAACAUGGGAUGCCGCGCCUGUCGCUGACACGCAGGCGCGACCGGAAUCCACCGGUCAGCCCGGUGAGAAGCCUCACCAUCAUCAUCUCGUCCAAGAGCUGGCUCAGGCGAACGAGGAGACUCUGCCGGCUGGAUACUUUAAAAGCAUGAACUUUAUUGGUUCAGUGGUUGCGAGUGGUUUCCUUGCGAUCAGUUUAUAUUUGGGUUUCGUCUUGCCUGCAAAUGCUCUUGCAAACAUUAAUGCAGAUAUCGGCCCAAGCAGUCUGAUUAACCAGUGCUCGACUGUUUUUACGCUGGUUAGCGGCGUCCUCCUUAUGCUCGUCGGUCGUCUUGGUGAUAUUUUCGGUCGUCGAUAUUUCCUCAUCGGAGGACAGUGCUUCGGUGUCAUUGGUGGUAUUGUCUGCGCUACGGCCCAGAACGUUCCCACCGUCAUUGGCGGAACCGUGCUUGUUGGUGUUGCAGGCGCUGUUCAAUUGACUUUCAGCUUCGUCAUCGCGGAACUGGUCCCGAACAAGUACCGUGCCUAUGUUGACGCAGGUCUCUUUGCUUGCACGAUUCCUUUCGCCGCCAUGGGACCGGCAUUCGCCAGGUUGUUGGUCACGAAUACUCAUCUGAGUUGGCGCGCGAUGUACGUCCUCAACAUCGUCUGCUGUUCCGUCUCUGCUAUUCUUUACGCCAUCUUCUACCACCCCCCCAACUACCAGCAAAUUAACGGCUCGACCUCUCGCUUGGCUGAGCUCAAAAAAUUUGAUUGGAUUGGUCUCGUUCUUUACACCGGUGGUCUUGUCUGCCUUUUCCUCGGUCUCUCUUGGGGCCCUAGCACUUACCCAUGGACUUCGGCCCAUACUUUGUCGACUUUGAUCAUUGGCUGCGUCGUUCUUUUGUUCUUUGGUCUCUGGAAUACCUUCGCCCCCAUUCAGGAACCUCUGAUGCCGCGAUCGCUCUUCAAGAACCGGAACUUCCUUGCCAAUGUCGGCGUUGGUUCAGUUGGAACCAUUGUCUACUUCUCUAUGAACCUUCUGUGGCCCCUUGAGAUUGAGCAUCUGUUCACAACUGACAAUAUCGAGAUUGGAUGGAUUGCUUGCAGCACAGGCGCCGGUGUGGUGUUUGGCCAGAUCAUGGCUGGCCUUUUCUACAAGCGCAUUGGCUUCGCCAGAUGGCAGCUGGUCGCUUCUACCGUCAUCAUGACUGCUUUCCUGGCCGGCUUGGCUGCUCUUACCGAGUACAGGCGUCCCCUGGGUCUUGCUUUCACCGUUCUUGGUGGCUUCGGUGUCGGCUACCUUGAGCUGGUCACCAUUGUCAAUGCUACUUUGGUGUGCAAGCCCGGUGAGAUUGGGUUCUCCAGCUGCUUCCUUGGCGGUGCCAAACAAGUCGCCGGAUCCAUCGCCGCCUCGAUCUAUGUGGCCAUUCUCAACGGUCGUCUUACCGUCAAUGCUCCAAAGUACAUGGUCCCAGCUAUCCUCGGGUCAGGUGUUCCUGAGUCGGAGCUUAAGGAAACCUUGGGGCUCGCUCUUGGAGGUUCAGACCUUCACGCAGUUGCCGGAAUCACCGACAAGCAAAUUUCCAUCAUUGAGACAGCCGCGAAGCUUACAUUUGCGCAAUCUUUCAAGAUUGUUUUCCUUGCUUCAAUCGCUUUUGGUGGCUUGGCGAUUAUCUGCGCCUUCCUCUCACAGGACGUUGAUGAGAAGAUGACCGGUGAGGUUGCUCGCAAGCUUCGUCACGUUGGCUCCGACGAUGCCUUCUCCAGCGCUUCCAGCGAUGCUGGCCAGCAGUACAGUGGAAACGAGAAGGCAUAA